UUCAAGGUUUACCAUACUUCGGCAUGGCUGACUAUUAUGCACUGGGAGUAAUAGUCUAUGUGAUGGCGGUCGGCGGACAUCCAUUUCUUAGAGGCACAGAGUCCGUUAUGGAAACAUUGGAGAAAGUGGCCACCAAGAAACCGGGUUAUCCAGAAGACAUGAACCCUACCCUCCGUGGCAUCAUAGAGAUCUUACUAUGUAAAGACCAAGAUGAGCGGAUGAUGCUAGCACGUGGCAUCCAAGGACACCCCUUCUUACGGAAUGUGGACUGGAAGGAGACAAAGCAAGGGAAUUCACUGCCACCAUUUCCAUCAGGAAAUGUUCCUGAGGAAGAUCUGAGUGCAGGAAUACCAGGGGAUAAAUUCCAUGAGUCGCCGAUAGAGCCAGAGGAGCAGAAGAAAUUCCAUGGCCAGGAUCCUCACAGUAGGGCCUCAUCACCACAAUCGGAGAGCCAGGAUCCUCACCGUAUGGCCUCAUCACCACCAUCGGAGAGACAGGAUCCUCACCGUAUGGCCUCAUCACCACCAUCGGAGAGCCAGGAUCCUCACCGUAGGGCCUCAUUACCACCAUUGGAGAGCCAGGAUCCUCACCGUAGUGCCUCAUCAUCAUCAUCGGAGAGCAAUGAUCCUCACCAUAGGGCCUCAUCAUCACCAUUGGAGAGCCAGGGUCCUCACAGUAUGGCCUCAUCACCACCAUCAGAGAGCCAGGAUCCUCACUGUAGGGCCUCAUCACCACCAUCGGAGAGCCAGGGUCCUCACAGUAUGGCCUCAUCACCACCAUUGGAGAGCCAGGAUCCUCACAAUAUGGCCUCAUCACCACCAUUAGAGAGCCAGGAUCCUCACAGUAGGGCCUCAUCACCACAAUCGGAGAGCCAGGAUCCUCACCGUAGGGCCUCAUCAUCAUCAUCGGAGAGCAGGGAUCCUCACCGUACGGCCUCAUCAUCACCAUCGGAGAGCAAGGAUCCUCACCGUACGGCCUCAUCAUCACCAUCGGAGAGCCAGGAUCCUCACAGUAUGGCCUCAUCACCACCAUCGGAGAGCCAGGAUCCUCACCGUAGGGCCUCAUCAUCAUCAUCGGAGAGCAAUGAUCCUCACCAUACGGCCUCAUCACCACCACCAACGUACAGCUUCACCAUCGCCAUGGAAGAGCCAGGAUCUUUACAGUGGAGCCUCAUCACCUCCAUCGAAGAGCCAGAAUCCCCACAUUGGAGCCUCAUCAUCACCUUUGAAUAGGCAGGAUCAUCAAUGUGGAGCCUCAGAUCAUUAGACUCUGAAGGAUCUACAACCAUCUAAUGUGACAUUUAUUUUUCAGGAACAAACUUCAACUUUUUAAGGUCCCAAUGAUAUAGGUAGGAAGAUAAAUUUUAUUUUAACAUCUACGGAUGACAAGACAUAAAGUCAUUGUGACAACAACCAUUGACUUCCCUAUUACCAAGAUCUCCAGAGAAUGUGGUUGUGUCACAUAUCAGACCACCCAUCACAUGUGAUCUGACUGCUGCAUGAUAGCGGCGUAUGACGUCACACGUGACAUGGGCAUGCCUACUGUGCAUUCGUAGAGCAGCCACAAUCCAGAAGGCCAAUCAGAGCGAAGCGUGAUCUCAAGCUCCACCCCCAGGCAACAACCAGCUCAGACCACUCCCAAAGAGUCACUGCCAUUGGCAGGACAUGUGGAGGAGGAGCGGGCUAUAUGGGAAGGAGUCUAACCAGCAUAUAAUUGGGAAAAAAUCAGGAGUGUCCAUCUUCUUAAACCACUAAGGGCUCCUUCACACCUACCAUUUUAGCAUGCAGCGAAAUGGAGUAUUAUCCAUGGGUGCAAAGUGUGCAGUGCACAUGGGCCCCAUUGGGGGGUGGGGUCCACUGUGCUCUGACCCACACUGCAACCAUGGAACUGUGACGACUGUGAGACACCAUUGUCCUGUUUUCCCACUUAUAUGCCGGAUAGAAUCUUCCCCCAUAGCCCACUCAUCCUCCAUAUUUCCUGCCAAUGGUAUCUGCAGCAUUGACUCUCCGGGAGUGAUCUAGGUGGGUUGCUCCCCAGGGGGGGAGGGGGGACUUGGGAAUGGGCCUCCCUCUGUAUGGCUUCCUGGAAUGAUAUCCAUGUAACCCCAGGAGAUGUUUGGGGUUACAUGGAUGGAGGUCGUAGUAAUAGGAAAGUCAGUGGAUGUUGUCACAAUGUAUUUAUGUCUUGUUUUCUGUAAAUGAGAAAUAAAAUGUAUUUUCUUAUCUAUCCCGCCUUGAUGUGGGGACCUUAAAAAGUCCAACUUUGUCCCUCUAAAAUAAAAGUCAAAUCAGAUGAUCCGAGGCUCUAUAUUGAUGAUGAGAAAUAGAAUGUAUGUUCUGAUCUAUAAUGUCUUGAACAGUAUAGAAAGUCGUGCAUUUCAUAAGGAGAUGAA